AUGGCGGUUCCUGACUCCUACUCGCAAGCAUUUCUUGCAGCGUUUAAACAAAGCGCUAAACUCCUUUUCCGUGAUCCCAUUGCCGUCAAAAGAGUCAAGUCUGGUCAACAAUUCUGUUUGCUCCUUGCGAUUCCACUUGAGUUUAACCGUAAAUUAAGCUCCUACCUCUUUGAGGGUACUGGAAGGUGGCUAGAGACGAUAGCUGGAAGUGCAUAUCAAUUUUCACUGUAUUAUGACCUCCAGUCAAUCCUACUUGCACUCAUAUCCCACCAAGGAUACACCGCUGCCUCUACAUACGCCCCUCUUCCACCACCGUCAGCACAGAGGCAGCAUGGGUAUUUAAAUUCGUAUCCAUUUCGAGGGGCAGUGAUGAUAGAGGAGGGCGAGGACGGGGCUUCCAUUGAUAAGUCAGUGCGGCAGAAAUGCCACUACCACUACCUUGAACCGCGUCUGGCCUGGCCAGUCUUCCCUGCCGUCAUUGUGUCCGCCAGGCCAGAAGUUUUGGGCUGUGUGAAUAUCGCGCUGUGA